AGGAAGGAGGAGAACAUCAACCGGAGCCGAGAACUUACUUCUAAAGUCAGGUCGUCGUGGUGCGUAAAAUGAAGGUGGCGCGUAAAAGCCUGCGCGCGCUCGCCCGGAUGAAGUAGAAGGAAGACGGUAUUCAGAUGUUAAAAGCCGGAGAGUUUGCAGGGGAAGUGUUUCCAAACUAGUGUCAGAGGCAACAGAUUAGCAUCUGGCACGGAUGCUGUUGGACGUCGCCGCGCGUCUGCGGUCCUGCUUUCGCUUCCUUGAUCGUGUUUGAGCCAUGGCUUACUCCCAGCUGGGAUACUCCUACUCCACCACGCCGCAGUUUCUGAUGACCUCUGGCUCCUUGGCUGGCUGCUUGGAGCCGGGAACUCCUCCGUCGCACCCGGCGCUGCGCUCCCCCGCUCACCACCUCACCCCCGGAGGAGGCGUCGGGGUUUAUAGCGGCCCUUACGCAAAGAGCCAGAGCUAUUACAACAGCUGCUCCAGCGACGCCACCUCCCUCUACUCAAGAGGACCGCUUGAUUCCAAAGAUGGAGCUGCUUCCGUGCAGGGGGGCACUUCUCAGACUCCUGCCUACUAUCCUUAUGAAUAUACGUUUGGACAAUAUCCCUAUGACAGAUAUGGGUAUUCCUGCUCAGACGGUGCGUCACGGCGGAAGAACGCCACCCGGGAGACGACCAGCACCCUGAAGGCUUGGCUGCAGGAGCACCAGAAGAAUCCCUACCCGACCAAGGGGGAGAAGAUCAUGCUGGCGAUCAUCACCAGGAUGACGCUCACACAGGUGUCCACAUGGUUUGCCAAUGCGCGCAGGAGACUGAAAAAAGAGAACAAGGUGACGUGGUCGCCGCGGGCAUGUAAAAGCUCCGAUGACCGAGGGUGUGAGGAUGACAGUGACGAAGCCGAGAAGCCGCUUACGAGCGACAAAGACGUUCCCGAUCAGCCGUGCGCCGACCUCCAGAGUGAUCUUGAGGAUUUUGACUUGCUGGAGUCCGACGCGUCCGACUGCGAACGGAAGUCACAGUUCCUCCCUGACGACAGCGACGCCAGCUCCGCGGCGGAUCGCAGACACGGGCGUCUGAUGCACAACCCGGAGCCGCUGCACGGCGGAAAAGAGAGACUGUCCCCGGACUGCCCCGACCUCACGCCUGUGCAGCACCAGAGCGGCUCCUUCUACCUGAACCCGGAGCUGCGCGGCUCGGACGCCAAGCCCAAGAUCUGGUCCAUCGCUCACACGGCCGUGUCGUUGGACGGCGGCGCGCAGCCAGAGUACCCUCCCUGCAUGCUGUCGUCGACCGGCUCCUCCUCGCCCGGCUAUCUAACAAACAUGGCCCUCACCAAGGCAGACAGGCAACAGGAAUCGCCGGUGGCCACUCUCAGAGAGUGGGUGGACGGAGUUUUCCACGGCCCUCCUUUCCUACCGCCCAAACCGGCCGAGGCGUGGAAGGCUUUGAGCGACCCGGUGAUGGACAGCAGAACGGGCGGACAGUCCUUUGAAAUCGUUCGGCCUGCGGCUUCUUUGUAGUCCGCCAGAGGAACAGUCGGACUGCUGGACUAAUAGUCAACAUUUUGUCGUUGUGACGUCGCCAAUUGACCGUCCACUAAGUGCUAAUCCGGCCAGACACCUGUCAAGGAGUCCAUCCUCCACCGACGAUCCAUCCUCGUAGUGACAUAUUGCUAAUUCUGCCGUCAGAUGUGCCACCUCCACACGUUUAUCAAUGCAAAAGGUCUCAUGAAUAUGCAUUUGUUGACUCCAUACACGACACGUGCUUAAAGGCUAAACGUAUCUCUGAUCCAAUAAGUCACAUGUCCACAACAUGCGGGAUCAGUCAUGUAAAGUACUUUUACCUAAUUUUAGACCAAUUCCAACCAUUUUGCUCUGAUUUUCUUUCUUCGUUGUUUUUAUUUCAACAACCUCUUGUUGCUAAACGUCUCCCUGUUUACAUUGUUUUGAAUAUGAGGAGAAAUCUCAGCCUGCAGUUGUCAGUUCAACAGUCGGUUUGAUUUAAUUUUGCAUAACUUGAUCGUAUUUUCAUGACUUACUGUCUUACAACUUACAGACUCUUACGAACUUCAUGGACGAUCUCAGAGAGAGCAGCUGUCGCCUCACACCUUCCUGCAGCCAAGUGGUCCAGCUCACACACACAC